GUAGUAUUAUAUUAUUCUCACGCUAUUAUUUUCACAGUAAUUUCACUGCUCUUUAGGUUCCACUUGAUAUAUACACACAUUCUCCUCCUACUCUUACCUUACAUUAUUGCUCCCAACAACAAUGGAAAUUGAUUCCUCAGGUGAUUCCUGUUGGCUCUAUGAUUAUGGCUUUGAUGAUAUCUCUGUUGCUGCUGCAGCUGAUUUCAUGGUUGCAGACUCUGCUGAUUUCACCUGGGUUCCUUCCAAUAUGAACUUGGAAAUGGAAUACUCACUGGAUUCAACUGUCUUCGAAAGUGGCCCUUCAAAGCGGUUAAGGACUGAAUCAAGUGUGUCUGGCUCCAAGGCAUGUCGUGAGAAACUACGAAGGGAUAAACUGAAUGAGAGGUUUCUGGAAUUGAGUUCUAUCUUGGAGCCUGGUAGGCAGCCCAAAACAGACAAGGCUGCUAUAAUAAGUGACGCGGUUCGAGUGGUAACCCAAUUAAGAAAUGAAGCUGAGAAGCUGAAGGAAAUGAAUAACGAUUUACAAGAAAAAAUUAAAGAGUUGAAGGCUGAGAAGAAUGAGAUUCGUGAUGAGAAGAAUAAGCUGAAGCUAGACAAAGAAAAGUUAGAGAAGAAGGUCAAAUUGAGAAAUGUACAGCCUGGCUUCCUCCCUCACGCCGACGCAGCUGUUAAAGGGAAAGGUGCUGCUAGCCACAAGCUGAUACCUUACAUUGGUUAUCCUGGAAUUGCCAUGUGGCAGUUUAUGCCCUCUGCUGUACUUGAUACAUCAAGGGAUCAUCUUCUUCGACCUCCAGUUGCCUAGAGUGGUUAGCAUCCACUUCUUUGCUGUAUGUGUGCUUUGCUUGUAUAAUAUUUUUUCCAAGUUAUUCACUAUGUCUCUAUUAUUGUGUGUGGCUGAAAGUGUUAUUGGAGACUGCUUGAUUUGAUAAAUUUGUGCUUCUACAAUCUAAACUAUAAUAUGAAACUGGUAUGGUCAUGGUUUUUCUCCGA